AUGAGCAAACCUCUGUUGUCAUUGGUAUUUGACGUUAGUGUAGCUACACAUUCACAGGAUUUAUAUCAUAUGAAACUUCUGAUAUAUAAUGCCUAUAAGUUUUUACGUUCAUUUCCUGCAUUCUCAGCUAACCAUCAGAAUUGUUUAGGUCCACUUGCAACAAGUUCAUCAACCCUUCAGAAUCAUUGUAUUGAUAAUCUUUUCUACAUGUUUAACAUUUUAAAUUCAAGUGGUAUACAAUCUUGGAUUAUCAGUGUUCAUACAUUCUGA